AUGGCAGCACAGGGAGACGGCGGGGUGAAGGAAGCAGGCACGAAAGGUUGGAAGCACAGCAUCUUCCAGCCCCGCUGCCCCUCACGGUUGAACGGCAUCUACUUCCUGACGCAGUCCGUCAGCCGGUGUGACAAUAGCGCCCUCCUCCUCGUCCUGCUGGUCACCAGCUCCCCGGAACAGUUCGAGGCGCGGUCAGCCAUCCGCUGGACCUGGGGGAGUGAGCGAUGGGUAGGCGGAGCAAAGUCGGUCACCUAUUUCCUGUUGCGACACGGACGGGAGCGGCAGUACUGGAUCCUCCGGGAGGGCGCUCCACACAAGGACAUCAUCCAGGGCGAUUUCGAGGACAAGUACUACAACCUGACCCUUAAAGUGCUAAUGGGUCUGGAGUGGCUCUGCUGCUCCUGUCCCUCCGCCUCCUUCGUGAUGAAGACCGACACCGACAUGUUCGUCAACACCGACUGUCUGAUGCAGGUCCUGUUCGGGGUCCCCCGCACAAAACUUGCUACCGGGUUAAUUCUGAAAAACAUCAGAGCCGAACGCAGUCAAUCCAGCAAGUGGUCCGUCAGCAAGGAGGAGUUCCCCAGAGAGGUGUAGCCACCCUAAUCUUCCGGCAGCGGGUACGUCCUCUCCACUGACCUGGCCUGCCGUCUGUGGAAUAUCUCUGAUAGGGUACCCAUGUUAAAACUCGAGGAUACUUACAUGGAUCUUUGCCUGGCGGAGCUGAAGAUAGAACCGGUGGAAAUCUACUCCGGAUCCUUCUUCCACUUCAUUACGGUUACGUUCUCCAUCUGCCCCUACCGGAAGAUCGUCACCUCGCACCGGAUCGGACCCUCAGAGCUGCUGCUCUACUGGAGAAAUCUGCAGGAUUUGGCCGAUGAGAAGUGCCCUGAAGACGCGUGA